AUGUCGCUCUUCAAAGUCAUCACCGGUACGCUUACCGCCACUGCACUUUACAAGUCAGCACUGGCCGAUGGCACUACCUCAGAGCCGCAAUUCGACGUUGCCAUGAUUGCUGAAGCAGGACCUCCGCCAUCGCCAUCCAUCGCCACCAACGUCCCAGCACAGACCAUUGUGUACGAUGCUGUCGCCGUGGAGAGCUCGGCUGCUGCUGAGCAGACGUCGGAUCCAAGCAAGGUGAAACGAAAUGCUUGUGAUCCCCAGCAAGCAGGCGCUGGUCCAGUUCCAAGUCCAGAUACUGAUUCUGCCUUUGUGACCUACUCUGCGUUUGUCUCUGCAGCUUCAGCCGCACCCACUCCGUCUGGCUAUGUCAACACUUUCAAGAACUUCAAUGCCAUGAACAAUGCUCUUGGUUACAUGGGAUUCACGCUGCUGGACACCUACGAUGUUCCCCUGUGCUCCAGGAAUUGUGAUGCUAUCAACGGAUGUGCCGCUUUCAAUGUUGCUUUUGAGCGCUCGCCAUCGAAGGAUCCUUCCCCAAGCGGUGGCAACUGCGAGCAACCACCCACAACUACGUUGAUCAAGUGCGUGUUCUGGGGUGGCCCAGUAACGUCUGCAAACGCAGUGAACAACGGACAAUGGCGCAACAACUACCAUGUUGUUAUUGCUGGCUCCAAUGGCUACGUGAACCAGACCGUCGACUACUGCAGUGGGUACGGCGAUCCUCAAUUCUUGGGUAGCAAUGCUAUCAGCGCACCCAACGACUGCAAUGGCCAGAGCACAUACAUCGGCAACCAGUACUGGAACGAUGGUCAACCAUUCGACUCCCGUCGUUGUGCUGCGGCUUGCAACGCCCAAACUCAGGCCAACCAAAACACUCCCUGCCGUUUCUUCAACACUUAUGUGAUCUCGAGGAACGGCCAGUCGUACGGCCAAUACUGUGCCAUGUACAAGCAAGCUUGGGCCUCGACCUACGCCACUCAGAGCUCUCAGACGUAUAACGGCGCUACGUACUCCAUCUCGUACAGCUACGCCUUUGCCAACGCAGCCAAUGAUGGAACGCCCUGCGUCCACAAUCCUUACACGAGCUGCAACAACCCCGGAUCAUGCUACACGUACCAACAAUGCAAUCCAUCCCAGAACUGCUAUUGCGGUACCGACGUCAACAACAAUAAAGUUUGUUUCCAGUCAGGACCAUGCUCGCCAACAUGCAGCACCAAUGCUCAAUGUCCAAAUGGAUAUAUCUGCUUGAACGCCAACUCGUGCUGUGGCUACAGCGUCUGCUCGCCGAACACUGUCUGCGCCAAUGGCUUGAAUACUCGUCAUAUCUUCCGCAAGCGACAAGCGAACGAGCUGUCGACUACUUAUGUUCCCGACGGUAUGACGCCUGCGAACAAUGGGACCGAUGAUAGCUCCUAG